AUAAAAAUAUAAAUAUUACCAAAUACCGUGUGUUUUGACAAACAAAAAGACAAUUCAGCAGCAAUCAAACAUGUCAAACCAAAUCACCAUUCUGGACUGGAGAAAUUUAGAGUCAAACUUAAAACAGUCAUAUAAAAUUCCAUGGUUGUGGCUGCCAACAACAGUACGCAAUCUUGAAGACUCGUAUAUGCCAAAAUCCAACGCCAUCUGCAGACCCAGUUGAGGACAUUGCUAUAUUCCUCCAAUCCAAUGGUCUAUAUUUAAUUUUAGGCACUUUAUUUUACAAGUUAUGUUGUUUAGAUUCCUCUUUUUACUCUGACCCCAACUGUAACUCUCUUCUACUCUCCCCUAUAUAAAUUCUACCAAACUCUCUCCUUGCUCUUCAGUUCCUUCACAGCCACCACUCUUCUUUACCUCAAAGCAAAUGGCUCUCAUCCUGUUUCUUGCUUUCUCAUUCUUUCUUCAAGGAGCACUUGGUGGGAUUAUAUGUGAGAAGUUGCCUACUGAGCUCUGUUCAUUUUCGGUAUCGAAUUCUGGCAAGCGAUGCUUAUUAGAGAAGAACUAUGCAACGAGUGAUGGAACAGUUGCAUAUCAAUGCAUGACAUCUGAUGUGUCUGUUGCUGUCUUUCAUGAUUUCAUUGAAACUGAUAAAUGCAUUAGUGCAUGUGGAGUUGAAAGGAAAUCUAUUGGCAUUUCAUCAGACUCUCUUCUUCAGCCCCGCUUCACUGCCAAGCUUUGCUCCCCACAAUGCUAUGAAGCUUGCCCCAAUAUUGUUGACCUUUACUUCAACCUAGCCCUUGGAGAAGGAGUGCAUUUGCCUACUCUAUGUGAGGCACAACGAGCAAAUCCAAGGCGUGGCAUGUUCCAGAUUCAGAGCUCUGGUGCAGUUGCAGGUCCUAUUUCUGCCCCAGGUCCCAUUUCGGCUGAAUUAGACAUCUCUCCUGCCCUUGCUCCUAUUCCAGCUUGAUGAAAUUCCACAACUUGUUCCACAUACCUGCUUUAAUUUAUCCAUUAGGUUUCCGUUUUAAGUUAAACUUAUAUAUUAUGGAGAGUACUCACUCACCACUAUAUCAUAUGUAAUAGUCACUUUGAAAUUUAUAUAUCAACAUAUCAUUUCAAGCUC